AUGGAACCGUCCGACCGACCCACCUACCGUGACCGAAUGUCAGCCUCGGUGAGGAGCACGCCACAGUACUCAACGCAUAACCACCAACCCAUCGCUGCGCAUCACUACGCUUUCCAAGAACGCACUGACGACGUCACCACGAUUGGUGAUGGAGCGAAAUCUCAGCAUGAGCAAGGGUGCCUGUUGCGACAACUCCGGCUGAAACAAAAUGCAAAGUUGUUGGAACCAGUGGAUUCGGGGCACAAGCAUAAAAUUCAUACGCAAUCAAAAUGGAAGGUUGAUAAUCACGUAUGCCAGCCUUUGAGCAAAUCCUCAACCGCAAUCACUUCUUUGGAAUGCAGCGUCGACGCCAUUUUGACGUUAUGGGGAGCAGAAAAUGACCAGAUUAACCAUUUCAAAUCGGUUGGUGGAAUGUGUUCUAAUGUGAAGAAUCUUUUUCUGAUGCUCUUCAUACAAACAAAUGGUGGAAAUAAGGUUGGAAGCGCCAUAAUAGAAGGAGGGUCUUCCGCGUCUGUUUUCUACAACGUUGCUAUAGAUGCGGUGAUCACCGCAUUUGUAGAUAAACCUCCAUUUGAAAGAAUUGGCCUUUGGGGUUUUGCGCGUAACCCAACGGGGUUCAACAGAUUGCUGGAAUCAAUCUAUGGUUAUACUGAAGUCAUAAAGCUGGUAUAUCUUAAGGAGCUUGCUGCCUUUAAACCUCUCAGAAUGUCGAAAGGCACCGCAUUUGUAGAUAAACCUCCAUUUGAAAGAAUUGGCCUUUGGGGUUUUGCGCGUAACCCAACGGGGUUCAACAGAUUGCUGGAAUCAAUCUAUAGUUAUACUGAAGUCAUAAAGCUGUGCACAACCACCAACCCACCGCUACGCACUACUACGCUCCACAAUAACGCACUGAUGAUGUCACCUCGAUUGGUGAUGAAACGUUUGCAAUCAAAUUGCCCAGCUCAGCGAACAAGCCAACGACCACCAUCCAGUGGUUGUAUUUGUGAUGGGCUUCGAACCGCGCUUCCAAACGCCGCAGUCAUAUUUCAAUGA